UUUUGCGGCGUUUGUCUUUUCAGGACGCUUUCCGUGGGUUCUUCCGUUCUCCGUGCGUGUGUUCCCCCCUAGGGAGACCGGAAUAUCGGACGUGCCGCCUACGGCUGCCGUACUGUGUGGAGAGGGCCGGCGGGUGUCAGGCGACAGAGGCUGAACAAUUUCAUCUGAUCCCAGGGAUGUAAUAGAACUUAAUAUGGACGAAGAUGUGAAAGAAAUGAUCUGGGAGAGUGAAAAUAACUCCAAAUAUAAAGCACAUUUUAAAGAUACGGCACAGGAAUCAUUUUGUACUUACAAUUUUCAGCCUACUCCUUUGCAUCAUAGGCGGUUUGACAGAUCUAUUGUGAAGACACUUCAUAAGCCAUUUUUAAACACAGAAGUGUCAAAGCCUGAGAAAAACAUGGCUUCUGCAGUCAACACCAAGCUCACACAGACUACUAACCUCAGUAAAGCGAAAUUGAAUGGCAAUGGUCAUUCCAGUAUUUUCCCAGCACACUUCAUGUUCCCGCAAAAAACAGCAGCAAUAAAAAACGAAGAUGUAGAAUCGCAGAAACCAAGCAGAACUGUCAAUGCAGUCGUUGGAAAGCCAAAUCACACCAUUGGCUCAGCUUUUGAAAAAUCUUUUCCUAUUAAAAAUGCUGCCAGUUUAUCUUCAUGGAGUGGUGUUUGUCGUCGGAGCCCUAAGAAAAUGCAGAGACGACAAAUGAGUACAGUAGAAGAAACUGUACGUUCAGAAGAGAAGGAAAUCUAUAGACAAUUGAUUCAGGUUGUUACCAGAAAAUCUUUUUUGUCCACAAAUUCCACAACGUUUGUACCUCCAGACGUGUCGCGGAGGUUAAGUUCAAGUAGUGUAUCUGGUCAACCUGGUGCUUCAAGUUUGAGUUCUUUAGAGCCUUGCACUUUGGAUGUGGAACCUACAUACCAGCCUCCAUUUAGUUUGGUUUCAGAAAAGCGAACGACUGCACCACUUUCUGCUGAUACCACUUUCAGAGUAACAUUUGAGAGCAGAGACGUUAGCAAACACCAUCUUCACAGAGAACAGCAGUCUACGACUCUAGAGCAACCUAAAGAUUCAGACUCUGUUAUUGUACUUGAUUCUAUUUCCAAAGAAGAUGUUCAUCCAAGCCAUCCAAUCUUUGAGGCAGAACUAUGGAUUAAAGAACUCACCAACCUCUAUGAUUCAAGAGCAAGGGAAAGGAGGAGGUUGAUCGAAGAGCAGAAAGCACUUGCCCUAAAGCUUCAAAAGCAGAGGCUGCAGGAACACUCUGUACAUGAUGCCGUAGACUUAAAUCUUCGUGUACCUCUGGAAAAGGAAAUUCCCGUUACCUUACUUCCAAAACCAGUGGAAUCUGUCCAGGAAGAGCAGGAAUUCCCAGAGCUUACACUGGAAAUGGAAAAGGAAAUAAAGCAUGCGCUUUAUGGUGGCAGUCAGGAUCAAGUUUUAAGUGAAGCGUUCAGGUUGACAAUUACUCGCAAAGAUAUUAUGACCCUUAAUAGUCUAAACUGGCUCAAUGAUGAGAUAAUAAACUUCUAUAUGAAUCUUCUGAUGGAAAGAAGUCAACGGAAAGGCUUGCCAAAAGUUCAUGCGUUUAAUACAUUUUUUUUCCCGAAGUUAAAAUCUGCUGGAUUUCAGGCAGUGAAACGAUGGACAAAGAAAGUGGAUGUUUUUGAUGUGGCUAUUUUGUUAGUGCCAGUUCACCUUGGAGUACAUUGGUGCUUGGCUGUAAUCGAUUUUAGGAAAAAGAGUAUAACAUACUAUGAUUCUAUGGGUGGACAUAACCAUGAAGCCUGCAGAAUAUUAUUGCAGUAUUUAAAACAAGAGAGCCAAGACAAGAAGGGAGUCUCUUUUGAUACUAAUGGGUGGAACCUGAGCAGCAAGAAAAGCCAUGAGAUUCCCCAACAAAUGAAUGGGAGCGAUUGUGGAAUGUUUGCCUGCAAAUAUGCAGAUUACAUUACCAAAGAUAAACCGAUCACCUUCACACAGAAUCACAUGCCCUAUUUUAGAAAAAGGAUGGUUUGGGAAAUUAUUCACCGUAAGCUGCUUUGAUGAUGUCCAUAUUCGUCCACUCACUGUGGUGAUGGUGAAGGAUUGGUCAGUCUUCGUAGUAGAACAUGGACCAAGAAUUAAGUGCUUGUCCACACGUUUACGACUGUAAAAUAAGCUAGCACUGUUAUUUAUGACCGAUAUUGCCCCAAUUGCCAACUUCAUUUGCUGUUUCUUUUUUCCUUUUUUUUUUUUUUUUUUACACUAUUAUUUAAGAACAAAGUAUUCUGUAUUCACAACUUAGUUAUUACAGGUUUGUAAUUUUGGUAAAUUGGAUAGAAAUCAGAUUGAACACUAUCAUAUUUUGACAUCUCCAUCGUAUGGCAUGGUGUUGAGUACAUAAUUUCAGCAUCAUUUGUGAAGAAACUGAACAUGAAUUUUUUUAUUUUUUUUUACUGUACUUUGUAAAGGCAAAGUUUUAUAUUUCCAUCAUUGUAAAGUAUUGUUUUAUAUAAGUGUACUUAAGUAUCUCAUCUGUUUUUUUCUGAUUUCUACUUUUCUACACACAAAGGUAGAUUUACUGAAGAAAAAAGGUACCAUAUAUUUAAUUGUGUACCAUAUUUGUACUUUGCUAUAUAACAUUUGGUUUGUAUCUGUAAAUUUGUACUGGUUAUCAUUCAGCUUCAAGCCUACCUCAGUUCUAUAACUGCUUACACCAGCUCAAAGCAAUUAUUGCCUUCAAUAAUUGUCUAAGGGUGCUAUGACACGUUGGCUUUUUUAUUUGUGGCAAAAUAGCAAAUAUAAACGCUUUUUUUUUUUUUUUUUACUCAAAGUGGUGGGUUUGUUCAGCUUUUAUUAACUGGUGACCUAUCCUCAGGCCAUCUGUCUAUCCGCUGUUCGGUUAUAGCUCCGGCAAUGUAACUACACAGCUCCAUGUAAAAUAAACGGUGUAGUGGACAGAGUUCAUCACUUUAGUGGGAGCAGCAUUGUAUUAACAAGCUCCCUCCACUACACUUUUGAGUGCUGUGUAGUUCCAGUGCCGGAGCUAUAACCAAACAGCUGAUAGGCCCGAGUGCAGGGUAUCCGACUCCUGACAAUCAGCUAGUGAUGGCCUGAGUAUAGGCCAUCAGUUAAAGGGGUUAUCUGGGAAUUAUUACCGAUGACCUAUCCUCAGGAUAGGUAAUCAAUAUCAGCUCUGUGGGGGUUCGACAACCAGGACCCCUGCCAAUCAGCUGUUAGAAUAGGUCAGUUGCUCUAUGAGCACCACAGCCUCUUCCUAGGCCAUGUGACUUCGCCGUACAUUGGUCACAUGGCCUAGGUGCAGCUCAGCUCGAUUCAAGCCAGUGGUGCUGAGCUGCAAUACUGAGCACAGCCACUGUACUAUGUACAGCACUGUGCUUGGUAAGCGCCCGAGAGGUCGCCUCCACUCCCAUAGCUCCAGUAAAUGCUGCAACAUCCGGAAACAGCUGAGGACUCAGACCCCCGUGGCCGUGAUAUUAAUGACCUAUCCAUAUUAUUUCCUGGAUAACCCCUUUAAUAAAAGCUGCACAAACCCUUUUUGAAAAACAUGUCAGCAGUUUUCAAAUGCGUUUUUUCUAAAAAAAAAAAAAAAACUUACACAGAACUUUAUCUUUGGAACAGAUUAGGGAAAUGUUGAUGGCUGAGCAUUAUCUUGUCAAAAUUGCUAUUUUUCUAACUGAAGGGUCUUUAUGCUUUUCUGGCUAAUAAUAAAAAUGUUUUCUAUACAACAGUCUUGUAGUUGCAGCAGUGUCUAAAUCUGUUUUUUUUUCUCCAUCUGUCACUUAUGUGGCUGUUUUUUAU